UCUAACCAAAGACCUGCUGCACAUUAUUACAAUCAUCGACCACAAAUGCGUGCGUGCCUAUUCGUGUUAAAUUAUUCAGCAGUUCCUCGUUAGCAUGUUCCUUUUCAAGGCUGCUACACCGAAAGGAAAGAAAUAAAGCUGGCGGUGUAUGAAGAGCAGGUGCACGGGAAUCCCUCAGCCCCUGGCGCUUACAGGCUGAGUCACUGCUGCUGAGGAGGAAGGUCUGGAGAGGGAGCGACAGAGGAGGAGGUGGCGGGGGAGGGGGAGACCAAGAAGGAGGGAGGCUCCGAGAUAAGCCACAACAGGAAGCAGCGAACACGCAUCAAACACACACACUGAGCCUGUGUGCACGCGCAGGCCAGGGAGCGACUGCGCGAGCUAGUGAACGAGAGGGAAAAGAAGAAGGGAGGGAGAGUGACACGGAGGCUGGGAGAGCCGCCCCCCUCCUCCCCCUCUCUCUCUGUGGAGCAGGCGUGUAGCGGCAUCACACUCGGCGUGAAGGAACCAUGAGCGAUGUCACCAUCGUCAGAGAGGGAUGGCUCCAGAAACGGGGUGAAUACAUAAAGAACUGGCGCCCACGGUACUUCCUGCUCAAGACAGACGGUUCGUUCAUUGGUUACAAAGAGAAACCUCAAGACGCAGACCUUCCCUAUCCACUAAAUAACUUCUCUGUUGCAAAAUGCCAAUUGAUGAAGACAGAGAGGCCAAAGCCAAACACCUUCAUAAUUCGCUGUCUCCAGUGGACCACUGUCAUCGAGAGGACGUUUCAUGUGGACACUCCUGAUGAGAGGGAUGAGUGGACAGAAGCCAUUCAGAUGGUGGCCGAUAAGCUGCAGAGACAAGAGGAGGAGAGGAUCCAGUGCAGCCCCACAUCCAACAUCGACAACAUGGUGGAGGAGGAAAUGGACAUCUCCACCACACACCACAAACGCAAGACAAUGAGUGACUUCGACUACCUGAAGCUGCUUGGUAAAGGCACCUUUGGCAAAGUCAUCCUGGUCCGAGAGAAGGCCAGUGGAAAAUACUACGCCAUGAAGAUUCUAAAGAAAGAAGUUAUCAUUGCCAAGGAUGAAGUGGCACACACGCUCACAGAGAGUCGAGUUCUGAAGAAUACCAGGCAUCCUUUUCUGACGUCUCUGAAGUACUCGUUCCAAACAAAAGACCGGCUCUGUUUCGUUAUGGAGUAUGUAAAUGGAGGAGAGCUGUUUUUCCAUUUGUCCAGAGAGCGAGUGUUCUCUGAGGAACGCACGCGCUUCUACGGAGCUGAGAUUGUGUCUGCGCUGGACUACCUGCACUCAGCCAAGAUAGUGUACCGAGACCUCAAGUUAGAAAACCUGAUGCUCGACAAAGAUGGCCACAUCAAGAUCACUGAUUUUGGCCUGUGCAAAGAGGGUAUCACAGACGCUGCUACCAUGAAAACCUUCUGUGGAACGCCGGAGUAUCUCGCCCCCGAGGUUUUGGAGGAUAACGACUAUGGCCGUGCGGUAGACUGGUGGGGCCUGGGAGUGGUCACAUACGAGAUGAUGUGUGGGCGCCUUCCCUUCUACAACCAGGACCACGAGAAACUGUUUGAGCUCAUACUCAUGGAGGACAUCAAGUUCCCUCGAACGCUGUCUUCUGACGCCAAGUCUCUGUUGUCUGGCCUGCUCAUCAAAGACCCCAACAAGAGGCUUGGAGGAGGACCUGAUGAUGCAAAAGAAAUAAUGAGACACAGUUUCUUCACUGGAAUCGACUGGCAGGAUGUCUAUGAUAAAAAGCUGGUCCCUCCCUUUAAGCCUCAGGUGACGUCAGAGACAGACACCAGAUACUUUGACGAGGAGUUCACGGCACAGACCAUUACCAUAACUCCACCAGAGAAAUUUGAUGAGGACGGUAUGGAUUGUCUGGACAAUGAGAGACGGCCGCACUUCCCGCAGUUCUCCUACUCGGCCAGCGGGCGGGAGUAGAGCGGGCGGCACGGUGUCAUCACAUAGGGUCAUUGUGGGACUCUUGCCUGUCUGGAUGGAUUUGAUCUUUUAUCUUUCUCAUCAUUACUUCCUCCUCUCAUUUUCACCCCUCAUCUGUAUUUUUCACAUUUUCGUGAAGAGAUACUUAAUAACAUCAAAAACUCUCCUCCAACUCAUCUGGUUAUCAUUUAUCGCAGUAGAGGGAGCAUCAGUGCUAACCUGUUGUGAUUCGAUUGGCUCCUGCAGUUAACCAAACACACAAGUUCAAUGUUGUUUCUUCUUUUUACAGUAGAACUAGACUAUAUUCAACCCAAACUGCCAUAACUGGUUGUAUCUCAGGCUUUUUUGCAAGUAGACUGAUUCAAUCCUUGCAAAGAAUAAUUUAGGAUUGAACGAGGAAGCAGCUGAAAUAGUGAAAAUCACACCACCUCAUACUGUAGACACAAGCAGGAUUCGACUCAGGUUUUGCUCUGUGCAAUCCAUUCUUAUUGUUGCUGCUACUACAACUACUACAACUACUACAGGUACUACAACUCCUCCUACUUGUACUCCAACUGCAACUAGUGAAACCCGGUGCUACGCUACACAGGCUUAAUGCUGCAGAUCAUAACACAACAGCUAAGCUAACAUCGUAUGGAUCUAUGUUACUACUAUUUGUACAGCUUUGUGAGUCUAAAGGAGCACACCUCAACUCACAGCAUGGCUAAAACUGAUGCCCCUCUAAGUCAUUACCCACAAUGCAAUGCAGUUUCUAAGAGGUGAAAAUAAGAGGAAAAGGGUUUGCUUGAUUGUUCUCCCAUUUUUUUUGUUCAAAAGUCCCACCCCUCUCCCCAAAAAAGGGAAAAACGGUACUUUGUGUCCAUGUUGGAAAAGCUUUACUGUGACAUAUUGUUAUCAUGGCUCCAAGAAUGAAAUUAAUCUUUCUAAUGUGAUCGCUUAUAACUAAUGUACUCUAUUAAGUGAGGGGUUUAUAUCAAAGGGUUUUUUGAGAAUUUGUUGAGGUAUGCAUCAACAAUUUAUGGGUUUACAUCGAUCACAGCAAUUGCUACUAUAUAUAUGUUUUAUUUAUUGUUCAUCGGUUUUAUAUUUAACUUUUUCUAUUGUAUUAUGAUUCUAUAAAAGAGAACUUUGUUAUUUCUUAGGGCUGAGUGAAAAAGGCACCUCAAGAAACAAAAUGGCUGAAGAAUGUAGGAGGGAAAGCGGAUUGCCUUCCUGCUCCAUGUGUUUGUUUUUUUGUGUUUUGUGACCAAAAUGUGACAAUGAGAGGGAGACAGGACGCAUUCAAGACAAUGUAUAUGUAUAUAUAUCUUUAUUUAUAGUCAUACUUAUGUUGGAUUGUGUGGUUAUAGGCCUGUCACGAUAACCAUAUAUUGUUGAAGAAAACUAUAAAAGACAAUACUGACACAAAUUUAUGCCACUGAUACAAUCAUCCUAAAGCAGGAUUAUCCCCAAAAACUAUUCUAAAUGUAAAAAACCACAAACUCCAAUAAAUAAAUAGUAGAAUUAAAUACUUUUAGUAGUUUGUGUCUAUAUUGAGUUAUAGAAGUUACUUAUUCAACCCUCUACGGCUCAAAUCUUACAAAAAAUACCCUCACAAGUCGAUCUAGUAAUUAUCGUGACAGACCUAGUUGGUUAGCAUUAUAUGCGCAGGUGGAAGUCGAUGAGAAGAGUUUUGAAGUUUGAAACCCGCAGCGAGAUGAAUGUAAUUAAUUGCAAGUGCUAUUGUUUUGAGUUAAAGGUUGAAGCAUGUUUCUGAAAAGUCUACCCACUAAACCCCCCGAAUCCUGUUUUUGAGGCGCCCUGUCCCCUCUCUGGUCUGGACCUUGUUGUGCUUGUCAUGUCUUCCAGUCUUAAUAACAUUUUCAAAAGUCCCCCCAAAAGUCCUGUCUUCAUAAACCGAGUAAGCCUUAUGGUUUAGCUCAGAGAAAGCCGAAGAACUUCUAACUUCUAGCACUUCAAUUAUGGAAAACAUAUGCCAGUUAUUAUUCUUUUCAAUUAGCACCUAGACAAAGCAUGUGUUUGUAUUGGUGUUCCUCUGAGAGAGCUGUCAUAUACGUUUGAGGACAAGGGGUAGAAAACUGCAUUCCAAUGUAUUUAUUUGAAUGUUUUAUUAUUAUUGAGAAUAACUUGAAUUUUUUUCUAAUUUAUUUAUUUUUUAUGUUUUAGUAUGAAGGGGCUGUAGUUUUUUUCUACUGUCUUUCUGAAAAAUGAAUGCCUCCCUUUGUUUCAUUUUGUUACAAAUAUUUUAAGAAUUCUCGCUGCUCUUACUCGAUAGGCUUUACUCUUGGACAUCCACUGAAAUGCUCUUCGCUUGCAGAGAUGCUUAAAGGCAGGAUGGCUGUAGUCCUCUGUCCACACUACCAGGCCCCAGUCACAAGUCUCAUGAAAAAUACUUGUGUGAGAUUGAUCAAUUGAGCCUGUCUGGCACAAGCCACAGUUCAAAAUGACUACAAAUCGCACCCAGCUGGCAGCGGCGGCGGGCGAGCGCUGCCGAGUAUUUGGAAGGAUUUCAGCUUUGAUUUGACCCAGGUCUGUGCGCGGCGGAGGAGUUCUAGCUCUACGUGCAACUUAACGCCAAAAUCAUUAGAAACCAGAGUUCAUCAAAACGCUGCUUUGUAGCUUUGGCCACGGCACUUUCUCAUUCCACUAUUUUUCAGAAGAAUCUGAUUCAGCUCCACUUUAAAGAAACAUUUAGGCUUUUUAUGUUUUUAAGAAAAGCAAGGAUUUUAAAGCACAUGUUUCCUCUGUAUAUCACUGUUAGCUUUGAAGCAAUGAGCUGUUGAAACCUGAAGGACAGUGUCCCUUAUGCCAGAGAUGUCCGAUUCAGGGCUCACAGUCACCAGUUACUUGGUCAGUCCGAAUGUUUGUAGAAGCAGAUCCACUGAUGUCUUUUGCUUUUUAAAGUUCUCUCUUUAUCCAACUCUUCCUGUUAAGUCAGAAGUAGCUCACAGAGUUCAAAGAAACAGUCAAAGUUCAGCAAUCAGGAUACUUCACUCCAUUCUCACAGGUGGAGGAGGUGGAUCUUAGUAACUUUGCUCAUCAGUGUGGCUUUUCCACUGGGAAUGUGACUUUGGGCACACUGGAGCGGCCAGUUACAGCUUUACACGUUCCCUUGGACUUUUGUGGAACCUUUGAGUUUCACUCUUUAAGCUGCUGCUGUUUGUACUCUACAUCUAUCACAACAAAUGCCACUUCAGUAGUAUUUCCUCUUUACGCUGCUCUGUAAAUAUAAGUCAUUGCUGUUAGUAACCCAACAGCCCUGCGUUCACUGAAAACAAGUGAACUGCUCAAACAUUUGGACCGGUCUCUAGUACUCACCCUCAUAUCUGCAAACCCACUCCCCCUCCCCCCCUCCCUCUGUUCCAUCUCUGGUACCUGUCUAAUAACGUUCAUUACAAGAAGCAUGAGACACAUUUAUUAAUAACACAUUCAAAAAGGCUCAUAAUACAAACUAUAUCAGAUUUCUAUGUCCAAAUCUACUGUAGCUUUACAGUUGUUUGAGUGGUCAAGUUUCCCAAAAAAAGCAUUGUCAAGUCAACUUCAUGAGGUGUUGUUGACUCUGGGACAGAGCUGGGAACAAAGAUUUUUCACACAAAAGCAGAUCCAACAGCUCUGUCCUCGUGCUGUCAGGACACAGUGCUGCCUCCACGUGAAAACAACUACUUACCAUCAACAUGAAGCUGUUUUUUACACUGUACAUCCUUAGUAUUUUUACACAUGAAAUGUAUAUGAUAGGGAUGCACAUUAUUUUCCUUCUUACAGACAGCUUCAAUAAAGCACUAUGUCAAUCUGC